AUGUCACCGCCAAUGCUGCUUAUGCGUAACCUCACGCAAUUCCUCGGCCAAAAUACUUCAGCGACCGUUCCCACCUUGAUGCUGCUCGCGCCGACCGGCAAGCUUCUCGCAAGCGCGUCGCCCAUGCCGGCUUCUCAACUUCGCACUCAAGCUACGCUGGCCUACUCGCUCUGGACACUCUACCGGCCCUCGGUGUCGUCGAUAGUCGCCGCACUACCGCCCGCAACGGCAGCCUCACUCGCUCCUGCGAGCCAACUCGUCUCAUCGCCCUCUGGCGCCUCUGCGCCGCCGGGCAUCAGUACCAUCACGGUCCAGCUUGAUCAGGGCGUAAUGGUCAUACGCGCACUUACAUGUGGCUUGUAUUUUGUGGCGGUCGGCUCCUCUCCUACUGCCCCGCUAGCCGAUAGUACUCCUGAUCCGCCGAGCGAAAAUAACGCUGGCCCCGCCUCUAGUAUCGAUGCAAACAGUCUGGUCAGCUCUGAUUGUAAUGCUAGCAGUAUUUUCAGGACCAAGAAGAUGGUAGAAGAGAUUGGUGAAUGGCUCGAUCGAAAGCUAGACGGCUUCGCACUGUACGCAGGGGAAGGGCGAUAA